CGUGUUUCUUCUUCCUUCCUGUUCCUCCUUCUGCUGUGAGGCAGCAAGCGACAAGCACAUCCGGUGGCUCCUGGGGGCAGAUGGUGAAGUCUGGGUCUGGAUCAUGGGAGAAGGUCCUGGUGACAAGCCCUACGAAGAGAUCUCUGAGGAGCUGAUUGCAGAGAGGGCGAGGCUGCAGGCACAGAGGGAGGCCGAGGAGCUCUGGAGACAGAAGGAGGCAGAAAUCACCAAGAAGUUCCGGGAUGCUCUGGCCAAUGAGAAAGCCCGGAUCCUGGCGGAGAAGUGGAAAGUGGAGAUGGAGGACCGGAAGGCUGCCAAGGUCCUGGAGGAACGCAUCCGUGAGGAGUUCAAGAGGAAAGAGGAAGAGGAGAGGAAGCGAGGAGAGGAGCAGAUUCGCCUCCGGGAAGAGCAGAGGGCCAAGGAACUCUACUGGACCCUGAAGCAGGCCCAGCUGCAGAGCCACGCCCGCGAGAACGAGGAGCGCGAGUGGGAGGAACAGCUGCGCAGGUCCAAGGCCGCGGACGAGGAGAGGAGCUGCCGAGCUCAGCGCGCCAGGGACGAGUACCGGCGCCACUCCCUCCGCGCCAUCCAGAAGGGCACGGUCGCCGGCCUCAGCUCCAUGUUCCGAGAGCUUGGCCAGAGCCACGAGCAGGAGGCCAGACUCUACCACCACCUCCCAGGCCCCGGGCCUCCGCCACGCCUUGCCAUACCUGUCAGCAGGACCUGGGAGCGCCCACUGAGACCUGUCUCCAGAGAAGUCAUAGUCCGCUGGUUUAAGGAGGAGCAGCUGCCUCGCAGAGCUGGCUUUGAGAGGAACACCGAGUCCAUCGCCCCCUGGUUCCACGGAAUUAUUAGCCGAGAAGAUGCAGAAGAUCUCCUCGAGAACAUGACGGAGGGAGCAUUUUUGGUCCGGGUCAGUGAGAAAAUCUGGGGCUACACCCUCUCCUAUCGCCUGCAGAAAGGGUUCAAGCACUUUCUUGUGGACGCCUCUGGGGAUUUUUACAGCUUCCUGGGAGUGGACCCCAAUCGCCAUGCAACGCUCACCGAUCUCAUUGAUUUCCACAAGGAGGAAAUUAUCACUGUUUCAGGGGGAGAGCUGCUGCAGGAACCCUGUGGACAGAGGGACAGCCCACCAGACUACCAUCUGUUGUUUGAAUGAUUCCUUCCCCUCUCUCCCUUAUCAAUUGGACUUCUUUGGGCAUCCAGUUUUUGAACUCAACUUAAGAACUUCCCAGCUCAAAUCCUUAUGGCCUUCUGGAAGAUCUACCACCAUCCAGAGGAUUAAGUAGAUUAGUAUGUCUCAAGGGAUAUGAAAUAUAUGUGCUAUUGGUCCCCGUCCCAAUGCCCAGGACAGAAAUUGCUAAUAGCUGAUGCAACUCUUUCAUGAAGAGUUUAGUUAUGACUUCAUGAAGCCUAUUUGCCAUGGCCACCCUAAGCUGAGCCCCUAGAGCACAUGGGUCAUGUUUUAAUAAUCCAAAAUAAUUCCAGUGCCGAACUCUGAAUUUAACUUAUGGUAGACAUUUAAUAAAUGUUUGUUGAAUGAAUGCAAUUCUUCUGAAAGUCUUCCAACACUAAUCAGCAAUGUUUUCUAGUAAGUUAUUUCCUACCUGUUCUGUCUAUAAAGUCAUGGAGAGUAUAGAAGAAAUAUUGCAAAGGAUUUUAUAUGGAAAAUAUAGAUGCUACAUCUUUAAUGAUGUACAUUAUUGCCCUCAUUGAUUUUAUCAUUGGAAUAAUUACCUAAGGCUUCUGAGACCCAGCUUCCAGAAUAGGCGGCUGAUACUGCCCUGCCUUCUAUAUUUGCCUCUUCUUCUGCCACCCAUCCUUGGUCUUGGAAGCAUAUCUUGACCCUGGUUUUGCAAUAUUGAGUCAGUGGUUUCAUUUAUUUGCAUAGAUGUGCCCAAAACCUGGGAUGAAUUAUAAAUUCAAGAAAGCCUUUGCUCUCUAGGAGUUUACCCUCUUGAUGUAGGUUGCCCAAAUGAUUACUUCUGCCUUCCUGGUCAUUUUGAGUCUGAUCCUUGUGUUCACUUAAUCUGAGUAUGGUUUUCAUAUCAAUGAGAUUCUUCCAGUGACUCGUCAGUAACUCUCAGGGAUAGUGUCUUCGUGCAUACUCAGGUUCUCACGUUUAUGGACGAUCAGAGAUAGCGUGUUAUGGUGGGAAUAUUUUAGUGGAAUCAAGCAGACUUGUGUUCAACUCCCUACCCUGGACUUACUAGUAUUUUAAUGUUGGCAGCAUCAUAUUGGUGGGAGUGAAAGGAUGGAUGGGCUCUGAUCCUUGUCAGUGGACAGCCAUACCUUACUUGACAGUCAUGUCCCACACCACUUACGCUCUCCUUCACCUCCUGCUUCCCCUACUCUUCACAUUCUUGGCCACUUGCUUCACUCUGGUCACUACCACUGCAAGGCAUUCUGCCUGGACUCUGUUCUUCCUUACGGGGUCCAUCAGCUUCAUGUGAGAUGAGCCAAUGCCACCUUGCCCCAUGUGGUGCUUUGGGCCCCUCAUCUCCUAUUGCUGCAGUUGCUGAAGACACUGUGCACCCAUCAAGAGCAGGGCAGUUAACUCUGCAUGUGCAGCGAACCUUGGAUCAAUGGGAGACAGCAGCUGGUAGAUUACUUCUUCCCCCUUCCUCCUGCUGGGGGGCUGUUCGGACAGGCAGUUCUUCUGACGACCUCUGAGAAGACAGUCCUGCAAGAUGGAGCAACUCGUCAGGAUGAAACCAAGGAGUGGCCAGAUGAGGUCCGCCCCCUCCUGUCUGUCCCUCCUCCUCCUCUGCCUCCUUCUCCAGCUCCUCUGGGCUGGCCACCCCUGAAUUAAGUGGCAGCAUAUAGGCAUUUGCUACAGGCUCUGCCUUUGAGGGAAGCCAGGGUAAGGACCCAUCAUAUAAAUGUGUUCGAUAAUGUCAGCCUCGCAACCUGGCUUCUAUCUUGCUCUCUCCCAGGGCCCCCGAAUUAAUAAAAGAGAAGGCGGAAACUUGCUUCUUGAAUGCUAAGAUGCUUUAAAACCUUCACUGAUUAUGGUCAGAUUUUCUUGUAAUAGUCUUCCAUUCUAGGAGCCUCAGAGGAACCGAAUUUUGGUUUUGGCCAUGCUACUUACAAACUAUGUGACUUUGUUCAAGACGUUCAACCUUGUGAAGGCUCAGUCUACCCGAGAAGAGGAAUUUCUGUGUGGCCGCCACUAGUUGUUUUUUUUUUUUUGGUGGGUCACUUAAAUGAGCAAUAUGCAAGCUCUGUCUAAAUGAGAGGCAUUGCUGGUAACAGAAACAGCAACAAUUAUUUUGGGCUUAGCAGUGAUGUGGCAGGGGAAUAUGGUGUGAUGAUUUUCAAGGUGUUGGAAGAAACUUCCUAUUCCAAGCACCAGCAGCAGCUCUGAGAGCCGAGCAGGCUGGGCUGAGAACCCGAACCCCUGAGCUGUUGUUCCUGUCACCCCUAAUUAAUAUGUGAGAGACAACAGCUGAGGUUUCUAUGCCUAACACAUUUAUUUCAUCUUAUUUGGGGCCUGCACUUUCUGCAUGUCUCAUAUAUUUUAGGUUUUACCUGGCCUUAAAAUAAAUUCCUUGUAAGUUGUCCUGCAAAUGAAAUUACU